AUGGACCCAUCAUCUCCGCCGCUAAAGAUCGUUCCUUUCAGAGAAAUGCACUAUCGAAUGCCAGCACAACGGAAUUGUCCAGGACGACUGCACCUGCAAAUGUGCCUACGGAUUUGCUGGCACAAAGCACUGCUCAUGGCAGGAAUCGAAUCGAACAGUACAUCUCAACCCAAAGACGAUUUCUGCUAUGAAAUGAUCGGACGAGUGCUUUCCAUUGACAAGCCGAGAAGUCACAUCGCUCGUCAUCUCAACCUCCACUACAACUGCACAGAUCGUACUUUCAGCGAGAAACUGCAACAUAUCGAAUGCCAGCACAACGGAAUUGUCCAGGACGACUGCACCUGCAAAUGUGCCUACGGAUUUGCUGGCACAAAGUGUGACGCGACUCGCCUAAACAGGCCUCGUUUCACCGACAGGGGUAAUGGUGUCGUGGCUCUAUCCACUUAUCCUGAGCCUCGCUCCAGGAUCACCUUCUGCCAGUGGCUCCUUCAGUCAUCAGACCCAUGGGCGACGAUUGAAGUGGACAUUGAACGGCUUGGAUUGGAUGGCGAAGAUAUCAGGCCAGGAUCUGUCUGUAACGACCUCUUCACAGUUUUUGGCGAACAGGAACUUGUUGGACCGAUUCCUUGCGACGGCUCUCAGAAUGUGACGAAACUACGAUCGAAAUCGAAUUGGCUGCUUCUGGAGCUGCGCAGUGAUCCUUACUCGGAGAGCUCCGUCACUGGACCACUUCUCAGACACAACCUGAGGCGAAUGCAACCUGGUGUACGAAUCUACUCAGAAGGAAUGACGUCGUCAACGCUCCUGCCAUCCAUCACUGCCAUUGCCUUGGCAUUGGCUAUUGUUAGGAUAUACUAA